AUGCAACUGCCCGCAAACAAGACUUCAUCCUUCAGGAGAUUGGCGGAAGGAGGUGGCGAUGAGCACACUCCCUUUAGGCACUCAUCUGGAUCCGAAGAUGACUUCAACACCUGCGGCGGACGUGACGGUCUGCGCCGAAGAAGUCGAGGAGGAUCUGAUUCCGGAUGGAAGAAGUUUUGGAGGAGAAGUUUUGGAUGGACUACAGAUCGUGAACAGAGGCUUAUAUCAUCUUCUCCUGAGUCAGUUGAUGAAGAGAGACCUAGAACAUCUUCUCCUGAGUCAGUUGACGAAGAGAGCCUGACAUCAUCUUCUGAGUCGCUUAAUACGAUGCCGGGACCAAGUGGCCAACCUACUCGUCGGGUGCGGCACGAAUCUCUUGUGUUUGCUGGAAUUCCGAAUUCUCCACAUUAUCAAGGUAUUGAUACGCUUCAUAAUUUCGGACGGCUCGGCGAAAAGAAUGAAGACCUUCGGAAAAAGAUGAAAAAGUUGCAAAAGUUUGCACAAUCUCUCUGCGAUGCUCACGAGGGCCUAUCAAGCAAGGUCUUCCAGGCAAAACACAAUCUCGACAAUGGCAACGGCAGCAUAGUAAUAAGUGUAAAGAUUGAAGAAAUUUCAUCAAGUGAAUCGGGUUCACCAAUAGAUCCGUCUGCGACUCUCCACCCCGAUUCACUUGGUUUAGAUGGUCGUCAUUUCUGCCGUGAUGUAGCUUUGAUAGUCGAGGAGAUGGUCACAGAAGUAAUCAGAGAGGCUGAAACGACAGACAUGGCAGAGGGCCUAACAACUCUCCUCUUCUAUAACGUGAGAAAACCAUCAAGAGCGCCCAACAGAGGCAAGGUUUUGCUUGAGGUCUUCG